AUGAAUUACCUCAGAGGCUUUUGGGUGUUCUACACCGACCAGAACAAGACAGCAUCUGUGACUGAGGAGCAAUUGGGCUCUGACACUCAGCCCGUCUACCUUACCAACAGGCUUCACAAAACGCACUGCGCAUACAACAUUCUCCGGUUCCACAAGGCGUUGACUGAGAAUCGCAUGGUUCACCGCGAGGACGUCUUGACGCACACGCAGCACUGUACUCAGGUUCUGACGAGGAUCAAUGAGCCGGAUGACAUUGAGGUCAGGGCAAAGAUUCAGUACCCUGACUGUGGGCACUUCUCAAGAAUGUUUCCGGGAAAGGCGAAGGAAGUGGCUAGACUGAGACUACGGGGAUAUGAGAUUGUCACUAAGCCACUCGAGUCUGUUAUCUAA